CCCUUAGUUUCUCCAAAUUCAGAUCCCACACUCUGAGAAAUUGUAGCUGGAACACAGGGGGACGCUUAGUACUCUUUUUGUUUUUAACAACAACUCGGCUUGAAGGAUAAAGGAAUUUACGUGUUGCAACAUGGUCUCAUUGAAAAAAAUUCUUUAUUUUGGAGUCUGCAUGUCUGCUUGGAUGAUCACUGUUGCAGAUUACGAUGCGCCCAAGGCAGAAAAUGUACACUGGGUGUCUCUGGAUUUUAAAACUCUCCUCAGAUGGACUGCUAGACCAUCAAACUACACAUUCACAGUCCAAUACUCUUGGGAUGACAGUGACUGGAUGAAAAGUCCCAAUUGCAUCCAAAUAUCAGAGACGGAAUGUGAUCUGUCCAGUGAACUUGAAGCCCUCCAGAGGGCAUUUAUUGCUGACAUUCAAACAGAACCUGCUGAUAGCACUGACUAUGAACUGGAUGAGUUACCUCAUACUCAUUCACCACGCUUCAACCCCUAUAAACAGAGAGUACUGGAGGAAAUCCAAGCUGUCAUUGGGCAAGAGGUGUACCCACAACCUGACCUGGUUGCCAGUCAAUUGCAGGAUACACAGAGACAGACAACAGUCGCACAGAUGACAGAUAUAAAAACAAUACAUGGUGAAAUCAGUGCUGCAGAAUUCACUGUGGAAGUUGUAGAAGAGGGUCGAGUGAGUGUGAACAUCAAAGAUCCUCUAACCAGUUUUCAUAAAUAUGGAAAGCAACUCACCAUCAGAGACAUUCUCAAACAUGACCUCCAGUACAAGAUCAGCUAUUACAAGUCUGGCAAUACAGGGAAGCGAGACAUCCGAUUUAACUCCAAUAGAGGAGAAGUAUCUGGGUUGGAUGCUGGUCAGAGUUACUGCUUCAUGGUGGCAGCUUUCAUUCCAUCAAGAUCCAAACUGUACCAGCAAGGAGCCUGGAGCAUCCAGCAAUGUACUCCUGGACAGAAGAAUGUCUUUCAAGAGCUGAGUAUUGGAGCUUUGGUUGGUGGACUUUUUAUCCUAGUAAUAGUCCUCAUUGUCAUCAUCACAGUGACAGUUCUAUGUUGCAGACGAAGAAACAGAACCUCCCAAAUGUCUCAGUCAAAUACAGUUAUUUAAUUUUUUUGAUCAAUCUGUGUGUGUAUGUCUGCGUUUGUGUGUGUGUGUGUGUGUGUGUCUUUCUGUGCGUGUGCGUGGGUUUGUAUGUAUGCACACACUCACAUGCAUGGAGUUUGCUAGGGCCAGUGAUAGACCAAUUGUAGAAGGGACUCAGUCCCCCCAAAAAUGUUCUUCAUCCCCCUCAAUGAUUUUGUCAAAAAUAAACAAAGAAAUACCCAAAAACUAAUGUUGUUGUUCAUGCUUUAAUUGUUUAAUUACUUAAUUGCAAUUGUUAAUGUUUUAAUUGGGUGUGAAGAAGAAAAUUUACAAACAUAUCUGUUUUUGUCACCAAAGGGAGCUGGUCUUCCUCU